GACAUUAAAAAGAAACAGACGAUACCAAAACGUAACAUCAGGCCAACCUGAACACAGUCGGAACAAAAUCUUUGUAAUAAAGAAGCCUCCCGCGCAAUUGUUAAACAUAUUCUUCUCUUUGUUUGUUUGGCUUCUGUUUCUGACAAGAAGAAGGAUUUUUGGUUUUUGGUUUUCCGUUUCGUGCGUUUCACUUUCCCUGCCUAAGUACUAGGAAUGUUCUUGCUUUAAUUGAGUUCUGAAGCGAUCCCUACACUCCUUAAUUCGACUUCUGAUCCGAAGCUGCCAAAAAACCGUCGAAAGGGCUCUCUUUGGCUUUUUAGAUAGCACAAAGAUUGUUCCUUUAUUUCACUUGAAGAAUCACAAACACGGGAGAUUUUAUAUAGAUGGCGACCAUACAAGAUAUAGGGGUUGCAGCAGCAAUUAAUUUGCUCAGUGCAUUUGUAUUCUUUCUAGCCUUUGCCAUAUUGAGGCUUCAACCUUUCAAUGAUAGGGUGUAUUUUCCUAAAUGGUAUCUCAAGGGUUUAAGAAGCAGUCCUUCCAGGUCUGGAGCAUUUGUGAGGAAAUUUGUCAAUUUAGAUUUUCGUUCCUACUUGAGGUUCUUGAAUUGGAUGCCAGAGGCACUAAGAAUGCCAGAACUUGAGCUUAUUGAGCACGCUGGAUUGGAUUCGGCUGUUUAUUUGCACAUUUACUUGAUAGGGCUAAAGAUUUUUGUCCCUAUCGCAUUCCUUGCGUGGGCAGUUCUAGUGCCGGUUAAUUACACAAACAAAACAUUGGAAUUGCAGCUGAAGAAUGUAACUUCUAGUGACAUUGACAAGCUCUCUAUUUCAAACAUUCCACUUGGAUCAGAUAGGUUUUGGACUCAUAUUGUAAUGGCUUAUGCUUUUACCUUUUGGACAUGCUAUGUGUUGCGAAAGGAGUAUGAGAAAGUUGCGUCUAUGAGGUUGCAAUUUCUUGCAUCAGAAAAACGUCGGCCAGAUCAAUUUACUGUGCUUGUUAGGAAUGUACCUCCAGAUCCUGAUGAAUCUGUUAGCGAGUCUGUGGAGCAUUUUUUCCUGGUCAAUCACCCGGAUAACUAUCUUACACAUCAGGUGGUAUGCAAUGCAAACAAACUUGCUAAGUUGGUGGAGAAGAGGAAAAGUAAGCAGAAUUGGCUUGACUAUUACCAACUGAAGCAUUCCAGGAAUAAUGCAAAAAGGCUUUCUAUGAAGACUGGUUUUCUUGGGCUCUGGGGUGAAAAAGUGGAUGCCAUUGAUUAUCACAUAUCUGAAAUUGAUAAGUUAUCCAAGGAAAUAGCUGAAGAGAGAGAGAGGGUAAAAAAAGAUCCAAAAUCCAUAAUGCCAGCAGCAUUUGUUUCCUUUAAAUCUCGAUGGGGUGCAGCUGUUUGUGCUCAAACCCAACAAUCCAGGAAUCCAACUUCUUGGUUAACAGAGUGGGCGCCUGAGCCACGUGAUGUCUAUUGGCAAAACCUGGCAAUUCCAUACGUGUCACUAGCAGUUAGGAGGCUGAUCAUGGCUGUAGCAUUCUUCUUCCUGACUUUCUUUUUCAUGAUCCCAAUUGCAUCUGUACAAGCUCUGGCCAGCAUUGAGAGCCUUGAGAAAGCAGCACCAUUCCUGAAGCCCCUAAUUGAAAUAAAAUUUAUUAAAUCAGUUAUCCAAGGUUUUCUACCUGGUAUUGUAUUGAAGCUCUUUCUCAUUUUUCUGCCAACAAUAUUGAUGAUUAUGUCCAAGUUUGAAGGAUUCACAUCACUAUCAUCGUUAGAGAGGAGAUCAGCAACUAGAUACUAUCUUUUCAAUUUGGUGAAUGUGUUCCUCGGCAGCAUAAUUGCUGGCACUGCACUGGAUCAUCUAAACUCAUUUAUUAAGCAAUCAGCAAAUGAAGUUCCUAAAACAAUUGGUGUCGCCGUACCACAACAAGCAACUUUUUUCAUUACUUAUAUCAUGGUUGAUGGAUGGGCUGGAAUAGCAGCAGAGAUUUUGAUGCUGAAAUCGCUUAUACUUUACCACCUGAAGAAUUUUUUCUUGGUGAAAACCGAAAAGGAUAGGGAGGAGGCAAUGAAUCCAGGAAGUUUGAGCUUCAACAGUAGAGAACCUCGUAUACAACUCUAUUUUCUACUUGGCCUGGUUUAUGCUACUGUGACACCUGUUCUACUUCCUUUCAUUAUAGUUUUCUUCGGACUAGCUUAUGUUGUCUUCCGUCAUCAGAUCAUUAAUGUUUACAAUCAAGAGUAUGAGAGUGCUGCCGCAUUCUGGCCUCAUGUCCAUGGACGCAUUAUAACUGCAUUGGUUAUCUCGCAAGUUGCUCUGAUUGGAUUGUUAAGUACAAAGAGUGCUGCUCAGUCAACACCAGUUCUCAUUGCUCUCGCUGUCCUCACAAUUUGGUUUCACAGAUUCUGCAAAGCACGCUAUGAACCUGCUUUUGUUAGAUAUCCUUUACAGGAAGCAAUGACGAAAGACACUUUGGAACGGGUAAUGGAGCCAAACCUCAAUUUGAAACCCUAUCUUCAAAAUGCGUACGUCCAUCCAGUUUUCAAAGAGGAUGGUGAUGGGGAGGAGGAAUUUAACCUUAGGUUAGAAGAAAAUGAGAGUGUGUUAGUACCCACAAAACGCCAAUCUCGAAGGAACACACCAGUGCCUAGCAGAAUUAGUGGUGCAUCGUCACCAUCCUUACCAGAUGCUGUUCCUGAACAUUCAGAGCCCUGAUUAUAGGUACAACUGUGAGUUGGUGUUGUCACUAUACUGUAUAUUUUGAUUGAGGCUGAGCAACAUCAUACAGUGUAAAGAGGGUGGCACUGUAAAUUAAAUGAACAAAAUAGUGGAAGAGGAGGCAAUCAAGAGACUCUCAGGAGAGAACAAGUUGUGAAUUUUGUGGCUAUAAAUGGAAGGUUUAUUAGAGGAUGAGUAAAUAUUGUGCAAGAGUAUUUGUUUGAGAUUUCUUCUGAUUUGUUUCUAAAACAAGAAUAUAUAUAUAUAUAUAUAUAUAUAUAUAUAUAUAUGGUGUGUGUGUGUGUGUGUGUAUAUAUUUUGCCUUUGAUGUUUAUCCACGGAGGUUUAUGACUAAACAAAACAGUUGUUAGAUAAAAAGAAUUUCGAUGGUAUAACUUGUGUUUAUCAUUGAUAGUGUUCCAACCGAAUGACACCACCUUAAAAUCAAAUCUUCCACGCUGCUACGGCUCUAGAUUCCUAAUCGAUAAUUACUUGGAAGAUGAAACAGAUAGUCGCUGGAUUUCGUGGAAGUUGUUGGGGAACAUCACAACUCUAAUAUCAUUUAUUGGGUUAAAAGUCUCCAAUC